AAAGUGGAAUUUCAGCUUUGAGCAGAAAACAGCUGGGGAGAACGUGCUGGUCGUUCCUGCCGUUUCCAAUACGUGUCGGUAUGUGCUAGUGACACACCGGCGCGCGUACAUACGUGCAGGGGGGCGCGCGCGCGCACGUACGUCAGAGAGCAGAACUUUAGUUUCUUGAGGAAAGAGAAAAGAGGAAGCAGUUCCGCCCUCAGAAGCAGCCUGGAGGCCAGAGCGGAGCAGCGGCCCGCUACAAAGCACCCGAACCCAGCGACGGAACGCGGCGGAGUCGUUUUGGCGGAUGGACGGCAGCUGUGCGGCGGAACUCAGCUUCUCGGGUGUGUCGCCGUUUGUGCGGUAAAAAAAAAAGCCUCGAGGACGCGAUGAGCCGCAUGUGAAAAGUUGGAGCCGCUCCGUCCGCGCCGCCGCUUCUUCGCUAACACUGUGUCUCCGGCAGCGUUUGCACCGCGGGCUUUUUUUUUUUCUCAGCUUGGCUCAGACCGUCGGACUCGGAGUCAGGGCCCUGAGUUUGUAUUUUUGAUCCACUUUCGAAACUAGUAUGAGCGGAGACGAGGAAAGAUACAAGCUGGUGGUGGUGGGAGGAGGAGGGGUCGGAAAGAGCGCCCUGACCAUCCAGUUCAUCCAGUCCUACUUUGUGUCAGACUACGACCCCACCAUUGAAGACUCCUACACCAAGAUGUGCAUCGUGGACGGGAAGGAGACUCGGCUGGACAUCUUGGAUACAGCAGGUCAGGAGGAAUUUGGGGCAAUGAGGGAGCAGUACAUGCGCUCAGGAGAAGGCUUUUUGAUGGUGUUCGCGCUCAACGACCUGGGCAGCUACCACGAGGUCCAGAAGUUCCACACCCAGAUCUUGAGAGUAAAGGAUCGAGAUGACUUCCCGAUGGUGCUGGUGGGGAACAAAGCUGACCUGGAGGCGCAAAGAGCGAUCACCAGGGAGGAAGGUCAGGCGUUUGCCAGAGAGAACAGGAUCCACUAUAUGGAGGCGUCGGCCAAAAACCGUUACAAUGUGGAUGAGGCCUUCCUGGAGGUAGUGCGAAUUAUCAGGCGAUUUCAGGAGAUGGAAAGUCCUCCUCCUCCGACUCACCAGACAAGAAAACAGAAGAAUAGCGGCUGCCCUUGUGUGCUCCUCUAAGCACGGUUGCUAAGGACACUGAAGCCAGGACCCUCUGCAGCCUGUCCAGCCAGAAACAAGUGUGUGUGCGUGAGAGAGUGAAUGGGAAAGGUCAUUAUAUUUUCAAAACUUUUAACCAUCAAUUGAGUUUAUCUUAAUGAGGGGAUCAUAGUCAUGAUCAUACAGACUAAUCACAUGGUCUGUCAAUUAUGUAUAUUACUGUCCAUAUUAGUCAUGUGAUGUAGAAAUGACCAAUUAGAAACAUGUCUAACGGUACCAAGGUGUUCGGUGACGUCAUGACGACGUAACAGACUGCCAGUAGCCCUGCGUUCAGUAGGGGGCAGUAGAGGCCCACAAUAUGACCUGAACGAACAAAAUGCAGUUUCAAUGUGGGAACAAAAUGUAAAGACAUAAAAACAUUCCUGCACCUGAGCGUUUACAGGAGCAAAGUUGGGUUUAGUGUUCAAACGAUUCAACAGGUGGACUGUAGCUUGGUACUGUUUGUUUUUACCAUUCCCUUUUCUCUAUAAAUGUGUGUUUAUGAUGUUUUUACUAAAUAUUAGCACAGUUUUAUUUGUCACACGCACUCUGAAUAUGUGUAAUGCAGUUUAAACAAUUCUGACUCCAUGUCCACGUACUUGCUGCAUACAGACAUUCAGGUGUUUGUGGACGGUGUCUGGAAGCCACACAGGGAAAGAGACAGUGUCCUGAAAAAAAUCAUAUUGUCCUGCAGCAAGUAUUAAGUCAGGACAGUGUCAUAUUUUCAAGCACCACUGUGUUUGUAAUUACUGGAGGUACAGGGUGUUGUAGUAAGAAUGCUGGUUUGCUGGUGGUUAGACAAUCACCCAAUCGCCCAGCAAGCUUCAUCACUGCAGGAGAAAAGAUUCAUUCUGACAGAUGCCAAGUACCAGGCUCGCUUAAUAAAACCCAUCUGUGACGCUUCAGUCAGUUUGGUUUCAUUACUUCUAUCAACAUUCUAACCAGAACUCAUAUUUAUAAGUUGCAACUGAAAAGUCAAGUCACUUUUAUACAUGAAUAAAAUAAUGGAAUCUUA